CUCCGCCGUCGUCGCCGCUGCUGACGGCGAGCGAUGCUUCGUGUUCUAGCAACGUCGCCACCGCCGCCACGGCGGACCGCAGCAGGAGUGCCGGCGACGUUGGGAGUGACCAUGGAGGUUCCGUUGGGGUGUUGGAGGGCCCUGUGUCAGCAGCGGCAGCGGCGGUGAAAUGGCGAGCGCUAUGGCUUCCUGACCAGCGAGGGGGUACGGCGACGGGGGCGGCGGCCAGCGGCGCACAGUCGCCGCCUGCGUUGGACAGGCUGCCUGCGGGGCGCAGGUCGCCUGACGUCGCCGCAGAGCUGACGGCGGCAGUUGCAGGUGCCGUUGGCAAGGAUGGCGACGAGUCCCUUGAAUCGUCCUUGUCACCUGAGGCCGGGCUGGCAGCUGCAGGUCCUGCUUCAAUCGAGUCGCCGGGAUCUAACCAAGACGUGUCGUACAAUGUACGACAACAGCAGGAACAGCAAACGCCGCAAACGACCGAGGCCGUGUUGGUGGUUACCCAUGGUGAAGCAGUGUCGUGCGCGGCCUCCAUGGUAGCGCCGUGGGUUAUGGUGUACGAAGUACGACAUACGGGUUAUGUCGUACUGGCGAGUGGCGAAGGCGUUGAGGAGGGGAACCCGGGCCCAACGGCACAGGGUCUGGUGGGGAAUGAACGCGUCAGUGCUGGCUGGGAGCUGCUGCCGGAUCCGGAGGGUGAACGGGGCGUUAGCUGGAUGUGUGAGCUGGAGGAUUAGUAGCUUCGCUUGGAGCGUCACUCACUCGUUUCGAUUCAAGAUCGCAGUACCCCCUGGCCAUGUGCACCAGCGUUGGGGCACAAUUUGAAGCUAGGAUAGCUAGGCUUUAUCACUGACCGAAUAUAUUCAUCCGUGGGGAGACUGCGUAGUUGGCUUGUGCUACCGUGUGCAGCUUCCUCUUUCCUAUGUAGGGUUGGCAAUUGCAAGGUGUAGCCAGGCAUUCAUGGCAAGGGCGGUACCCUACUGUGCUAAGCAAUCUGGUAGAUCGUGCUGCUAUGCCAGGUUGUGUUGCUGUGCUGCUACUCGUUGUCAGCAGAGUACAUCUGAAGUACUCAACGUACCGGUACUCUGCAUGGUACGCUUGGAAUGAGUAGCUUUCAUGUACUGGGUCUUGCUUCGUCUUGUCAAAAGACAAAUGCAAGUUGCGAGCGUCGGCAUGCAAGAUGUUUAUACCGGCAUAUUGGAUAGUGCAAACGCUAUUGUACCAACUGUCGUUGUUGCUGUUCGCGGAAGUUGGUUGUGGAACACAAUGUACCCUUUCUGUCACAAGAGGUAACCUUACAAAGCUGUGUGAAUGACGGGUAUGGCAAUGUAAGACAUAAGAAC